AUGAGGUUUAAUCCACUGCUGCUGCUGUUCUUAACGUCCUUGCAGAGGGCAACUUCUCAGGUGUCUGAAUGGAUCGAAGAGGUAGAAGUUAGUGGGGACACAGAAUGGAUUGCGGAGCCAGAUUUCCUGGGAGACAUCUACUGGUCCGGGACAGCUCCACUCUGCCUGGCCGGCUGCAAGGCGCGCCACCAUGAGCUUGGGCGAGACCCCUGUGGAGACUCCAGCUGCUGCUGGCUGGGCUACAAGUCCCUUUGCCGAGUGAACUGCGGGAAGCCAGAUGUGGAUUAUAAUGGCAUCGUCUACGGAAAUGACUGGUGGGUGGGAUCUGUGCUGAGGUACUCAUGUCGUCCUGGCUUCAUGCUAGUUGGAAACGCCACCGGGACCUGCCAAGCAAAUGGUCUCUGGACUCCGAAACCUUCAUGCCUCAGAAUGUGCAAAAAGGGCUCCAUUGAAAUCAGUGAGCGAGAACUGAAUGGAACAUGCAACUCGAGCUGUGCACAGAAAAGCUACUCGGGCCCUCCAAAGCAAGGCUGUACUCAGAUACACAACUGCAAGAAGAAGGAGACUGGCUGGAAGCGGUUCUUUGCUCAGUGUGUCCCUUGCAUCUGUGACUGUGCUUUAUCAUGCCUGUUUACAGGCUAAAAUAAAGAAGGGAGACAUCACAUGGAAAAAACAAAGACAACUAUUGUUCACCUGGUGUGUAGUGUUCUGUAGAGUUGAGCCGAGUUAUGUUUGACAUUGAGUCAUUUCAUUUCUUUAUUUCUAUAUUCCGAACUCUUUUGAAAAAAAUUAAAAUAUCCCAAGAGAUCUGGUUUUUUUUGUUGUUGUUGUUGUUUUAACCUCAUUAAAUAUACAGUAUUCAUGAUAAUGUAACUAGCAUAGGAUACACCAUGAUGUGUAGCGCACGCUGUGGUUUAUUGUGAGUUAAUGCUAAACAUACAAGAGAGGAAUGAAAUGGUGUCGCUUCGUGGCUUCAGCGCUUCAUCCAUCUGUCCCUCUGAGAGCUGAAACCUUAAUCUCAUUACAAAAGGGAGGAGCAUCAAUGCAAGCUCAGGGUUCACAUUUAACACAGAAAAUGUUGACCAAUAUGCAGCAAGCCACAGAAAGGUAUGAAAAAAUGGCACCAAAACAAUUAUUUGGUUUGCAAAGUGUGUAUUUUUAAUGUCAUUCGUCAAUAUGUUAUGUUAAAGCCGAGGCACAGUUGCAGCUCACCUCACUUUAAAUGCAUGUUG